AUGUAAUAAAAAAUAGCGCAACCAGCAAAAAAGAAAUAGUACAAGAAAAUCUGUUUCAAAGACAUUAUGUAUGAAACAGGAGAGACCUUGAUUUUUAGAGAGACAGAAUCAACCACUGUAGUUGGGAAACUGGUCAAAAUCAUACCUGAGGGUGGUAACCCAGCUCAUCCCAAAUGGCCUAUGAUUGAAGUUUAAUGGUACUAUAAAAAAUAGGAUUUGGACUUCAAGAAACUAGGAGUCAGUGAUGAAGACUAAAUUCAUUUUGGUGAUAAUGAGGUAUUCCCAACGAAUCAUCAUGAUAAAAUAUAUGUGGAUUGCAUCUAGGAGAAAUGCAAAGUCUAUGGAAUUAAUGAAUAUGAUAAAUUAGAAACAAUAGAUGCAAAGACAACCUUUUUUUCUCGAGCUCAUUACAAUCCAUUACAAAAAAUUUUAGUCCCUGCAUUUAAGGAUUGGGAGUAGUUUUGUGUAUGCUAAAAACCACUUAACCCUAAUAAUCUGUACAUCAAAUGUGAUAUGUGUCAAUAAUGGAAUCAUCCGAGAUGCAUGGGUAUGAAUGAUGAAGAAGCUCACUAAACUGAAGAAUUUUAUUGUAAUAGAUGCCGUAAACCUCCUCAAGAUGAGAAGGGCAAUCCCUCAUAGUGA